GUCCGUGAGGCAGGAAUUCAUUCGGGACCAACACAUAUCCUAACACCCUUCACAUCGUCAUGUUCAUUCAGCUCUGCAUACAGGCUCAUCAACUUUUUGUUAACAACCAAGCUUCAUGAAGAAAUGGAAUUGCACAGCAGGACUUGAUCGGAUCUUCCCUUCGUCACAAUGAGUGUCAGGAAUGGGGAUCUCUUCGUGUAUAACACCAUCGACGUCCCAACUGUGGUGGGUCUACUGAAGAACAUCCUUACGCAGUACCCAGACAAUGGUCAAAUUAUAAAGGAACUUGUACAAAAUGGUGAAGAUGCAGGCGCCACACAAGUCAUCGCUGUUCACGAUACAAGGGAAUUUGGACCUGUUCUGCCGGCAGAAGGAGUGGAUAUUCAGCGCUUUAUCAAGGGACCAGCUCUCUGCCUCUAUAAUGAUGCAGUGUUCACAGAAGCCGAUUGGAAGGGCAUCCGGAGAUUGAGUGACAGCAUAAAAAAAAACGAUCCUCUGAAGGUUGGCCAGUUCGGACUGGGCUUCAAGUCUGUCUUUCAUAUGACUGAUUAUGUGACUAUUAUUAGUGGGAAAUAUGUGUUGUUCAUGGACCCGAGUGAACCAGAGAGGACAAUGUGCCGUACACUCCCUCUUGAAAAGUUAACAUCCAUAAUACCCCAGGAGAAAUGCACAGAGCUUUGGGGGGACUAUCUCACUACACAAAGCCUUAGUAAUGGCUAUCUCCCUGCAACCAUAUUCUGGUUCCCACUCAGACAGACGCCCUCUGAUAUAUCAGCAACUAUUUAUACCUCAGACCAUAUGGGAAGGUUGUUUCACUCGUUUAGAGUUGAGGCACCAGGUUGUCUGACCUUCUUGAAAUCCCUGGAAAAGCUCAGCUUGAAAAUUAGAUAUGGCAAUGGGGGAGAGGAUGACUUGUUUCUUGAGGUUGCACUAAAAAGCUCAAACAUGGAGCAAGUUAGGUGUGCCAGAAGGACCUUCAAGAGACAACUAGAAGAGUGUAAUGGAUCUCCAGUUGCAACCCUGUCAUGUAUGUACGAUGUCACAAUCAGCACAAUCACAGCUGAAGAUGGUAACAAUGAACAGAAGCUUUGCAUCUUGCAUUAUGUACCAGGACCAGGUGGUCCUGCACCAGUGUGGCAUGGAGAUCCUAGCCAGCACCACAUGUCCCAUGUUGGCAUUGCUGCAAACAUGGAUCCAAUAUCAUCCCAAAAGUCAGCUGGACAGAUUUUCUGUUUCCUUCCACUUCCACCUGAGCCAACCAACAACACCAAUUUACCAGUACAAGUUCAUGGCUUCUUCAGCCUCUCUCAAAACCGGAGACACGUUAAAUGGAUGACUGCCGAGGGAGGCCAAGAGCCAGAUAGAUGUAGUUAAUUCAAAUCUCUCAGAGGCACACAUUUAUGCUCUUUGCCAAGUUUUGGAUAUAAGCAGAAUUCAAGCUAAUCUUAAAACUUUACUUAAAGGUCUCAGACUCUUUAGAGGUACAAAUAAUACCCACUGUGUCUUUUAUACAAGCAUUGACAUUUGUCAGAAAAUAGCACCGGCAAACAACAGUUUUCCUUUUGUUUUUCCUGAGACACUGAUUAUACCUGUUAAUGAGAACAGGUGUCAGCUUGCAGUCUUAUUAGGUGCUAUCCCUCUACUUCCAGAAGAUUUGUUUUUGCUUGCCAUGGAAUCAGCACCAGCAAGUGACAGGGAGUUCUUUAAUAAACUCAUUGAAUAUGCAUUAAACAAUUCCCAGCUUUUGAAUGAUAUGAGAGUGAGAAAAAAGCUUCAAGAGAGUCGGUUUGUUCCCACAGAAGGGCAGAGAUAUCUACUACCGUGUGAAGCUUAUGAUCCAGAGGAUUCUGAAAGGGAAGCAUUACUUGGGGAGGAUCUAUACCCAUCACAAACCUUUCAGAAGCAUCUCCCAAUACUCCGUGAACUUGGACUUAAGACUGUUCAGGGUAUGCCUCAAGAAAACCUCAUUGCAAUUGGAAGACAAUUACAAAGUGUACAGCUAACAAAAGAAAACAAAAUAAAGAAAGCUUCAUCACUUUUCAUGGCCAUUAAUCGUAGACAGGACUGUAGAGAGUUGUGCCAUGCAUUAAAGGAUGCUCCUUGUAUAUAUGGUGUGUCUACAAAACCAGAAAGAUAUCCCAAGAAUCUCCAAUGGGAAACUUGCUCAGAUUUAAUCACUCCUAAAGAUGCAAAAUGUGAGUUGUUCAAAGAUAUUUGUGGCUCAGUAAUACCUUUGGUUCCUUGCAGUCAUAUCCCUCAUGUUGCAGAAGCCUUUGGCUGGAAGAAUGAACCCAAUGUUGAUAAGGUAGUAAAUCAUCUACAAAACAUAAUCAACUCAUACCAAGAAUUUGAAUUUGAAUACAGAGAGUUGAUAAAGAACACUUAUAGAUAUCUUGCACAACAUGUUACAAGUAGUACUCUUGCUGCAUUGCAGUCUCUACCAUCAGUAUUUACAGAAUAUGGUUUCAGGAGACCCAAAGAAGUUUACACUUCAGCAAAGAAGGGAGAUAUAGAUUUGCAACCAUACCUUUAUCCACUACUAUUUGACCUGCGUGAACACUCAAGUUUUUUCUUGAAUCUUGGUUGCUUUCAGAGUCAGUCCACAGAAUUGUAUUUAUUUUUACUUGGGGAGAUCCAAAACAGACAUGUUACAGGGGAAGAAGUAAACGCUGAAGAUGAUCGAAGUUUGGUAAUAUCAAUCCUUAGAAAACUGCAGCACAAUAUAAAAGACAUAGAUCCUUCUCAGUUACUACUUCCCAUUGAAACAGAGGAUGGAAGUUUAAGACUGAUGGAGAUUGGGAAGUGUUCAUACUCAAGUGAGGCAUGUGAAUGGUUAGACAGUGAGGAAUUGUCUGUAAGUAUUGUACACAGAGAUGUGGGAACUGCACUGGCAGAAUCUUUAGGUGUAGAAUCCUUAAGUAAGCAUAUGCUGGCAGGUGAAGAAGCUUUCAUGGAGUGGGGGCAGUAUGAGCCUCUCACCACUCGCCUUCACAACCUCCUGCGUCAGUAUCGAGAUGGAUUAGCCAUCUUUAAGGAGAUGGUGCAAAAUGCAGAUGAUGCUGGUGCCACAACAGUAUCAUUUCUCUACGAUGAGCGUUUGAAUAAAGAUUCUCAUACAAGGCUAAUAAAUCCUAAACUGCAGGAAUGUCAGGGCCCUGCCCUAUGGGUGUAUAAUGAUGCUAAUUUCACAGAAGUAGACUUUGAAAAUCUCCGAAGACUAGGUGGUGCAACAAAGGAACAUCAGCCUACUAAAAUAGGCAAAUUUGGUCUUGGAUUUUCAACAGUUUAUAAUCUUACUGAUGUUCCAAGUUUUGUAAGUGGAUCCAGUUAUGUUAUUUUUGACCCACAUCUCUCAUAUGUGGAAGGAAAAAAUCAGACUCCUGGUGUUAGAUAUAACUUUGCAAACAAAAAAAAUGAAGUCAUGCUUAAAAAACUCAGUGGACAAUUUAAGCCAUUUAAAAAGAUAUUUGAUUGUGAUAUUCAAAAUGCAGGCAGGUAUGAUGGCACAUUGUUUCGUCUCCCAUUAAGAACUCCACAGCAAGCAGUAAUGAGUGAUAUUUGUAAAAUAAGUUACCAAAGAGAAGAAAUGCUUGAGCUAUUGGAAAAGUUUAGUGAUAUCAUUGGAGAAAUUCUUCUUUUCACACAGAAUGUCAAAGAAAUCAAAGUAUUUCACUUACAGGAAAAUACAUUACCAGAAGAUAAAGUUUUACUGAUGGAAAGUUCAAGAAAAGAAGAGGAGAAAACAAGAAUACAUCAAGAUAUGCUUAUUGGUGUUUCAUCAGCAGGAAAUGUUAUGGAGUGUGUAGGAAAAUUAUUCAAUGAAGAUCACACCUGGAAGCAAGAGGAAUUCCACCAGAACAUUGUAUUUAAUAUAACUGUGACACAUACAGCCAAUGCAGCAAAAUUAUGUAAUAUAAAACAUAAUAUCAAUACUGUUACUUGGUUUACCUCUUGGCAUACAGGACAUGGUGAUUCCUGUAGACUUGCAGAACUGAAAGGAAAGGCCCUACCUAUUGGAGCCGUGGCAGCACCCUUGAAGAAAGUAGGAACUUCCUGGGAACCUAUAGAGCUAGAAAAACUUCCAUGUGGCUUUUAUAAGAAGAGUCACAUGCAUUGUUUCCUGCCACUACCAGUUUCAAGUUCCUUAAUGGUUCAGAUCAAUGGCUUUUUUGAAGUAGCUUCUGACAGAACAUCCCUCAGUACAAGAACUGAAGAUGACCGGGUUAUCUCGCAGGACUGGAACACCACUCUGAUAAGGGAUGCAGUGACAGCUGCCUACCAUACCCUUUUAACUACUAUCCGCUUGAAAGGUCUUGGUCAAAAUUGCAAGUAUUAUGCUUUAUGGCCACUCUGUGAGGAAGUGCACGAUAACCUUGCAUCUGAACUUUCACAGUCUUUUUACAAGUUCAUUGUGGAAAAUAACUUGACAGUGUUUCGAGAUGACAUUGUGUGGUUACCAUUUUCUAAAUGCUUAUUUCUAGAAGAAAGUAUACACCAAACAAAAUUAGUUGGUAAAUAUGCAUUUAACUUCAUGAGAAACCUAUUAGAGGCAUCAGUGCUAAAGAUAGCAGAGUUACCUGGCAGGAUUGCUUAUGGUUUUGCAAAAAACAUUAUUCCUAAGAUUAUUACUCCAGAAAAGUUCUUUGAAUGCUACUUCAUCCCUAACAUGAGAGAGGAGUUUGCAAAGGGACAAAGGGAAAUCUUGACUUUACAUGCUUUAGAUCAUUACCCAAAUAUUGCCCAUCAACAGAAAGAUAUCUUUUAUAUUCCUAGCACCCCAAAUGGAACGCUUAAAAAGGCUGAUGAACUCAUUCUACCAAACACGCAAAUUGCUUCACUGUAUGAAGUCUCAGAUGAAAGGUUCCCAGAGGAUAUAUUCUUGAAUGAUGGUCACCGUAAAGAUAUUUUAAUACAACUUGGGGUUAUGACAUCAAGGAUCACUGUAGAAAUGCUACAUGAGAGAGCACAGACUGUGAAGGAUUUAUCUUGCACAAUGUGUGGAAUUCGGAGGGCUUCAGAAAUUCUCAAAUAUAUAGAUUCAAAUGACAAGGACAUUUUACCUGUUAUCAGUAAAGAAAUCAAAGACAUUAGCUUUCUGCCAGUCAUGCCCAAACCUAAAGAGUGGAUUGUGUGCUGGAGAGGUGACUCUUUCCCCCCUAAGCUCUCAAGAGCUUGCAAAAUACACAAAGGAAAACAUACAUCAAGCUGUGAUAUAUCUUUUUCAAAACCUGAUUCAAUGUGUUUUCAAGAACUUCGGUCCUUAGCUGGUAGCACACAUGUGAUUCUUGAUAAGUCAGACCCAAAUUUUCAUGCCCGUAUCUGUGUUUUCAGAUCCUUAGGCAUAAUUACUAAGGCUAGAGAUUUGCCAAGUGAGGCAGCCAUCAACCAGCUGAAUAUCUUCAGGAAAGAAUCAAAAGAUAAUUGGUUAACAAUUAGAGAGCAGUGUCAUCAGAUAUACAAGUACCUGGAUAGUUGCAUAAAAGAUAAUGGUUUAGAUGUGGCCAACUUGAUUGACCAAAAGAUACUGUUAACUAAAUUUGGUUUUAUUAAGCCCAAGCAUUUUAUACUCUCAAGCCAUGAAAACUGUGCCCCUGAUCUCUUCUCUGUAGAAACAGAAAAUCUUGGCCAAUACAGACACCUGAUGAAAGCUCUUAACAUUAAGGAGCAUUUUCAUCCUACAACUGUAUUGAAAAUUCUACUUUCCAAAAAAAGACAACACAAUAUGACCAGAUUAUCUGAUGAAGAGGUGUGCCAAAUUUCAAGGCUCCUUCACCUGCUGUUCAAGGAAAUGGAUUAUUCGACUACAGAAGAAGAGAUGGAUCUCUCUCAACUUCACCUUCCAGACUCUGAUGGAUGCCUAGUACCUGUAGGGCAACUCUGCAUUGAUGAUAAUGCAAUGCUUAGCUCAGGCAAAUUUAAAUAUCUAAAUGAGAAAUUUUCUCUCCCACAGAAUUAUAUUGAGAGACUGGGCCUUAAAACAAAAUCUAGGAAACGUCUAGAGGAGUCAUGCAAUCGCUUAGCUUUUGGACAACAUGAAUUGCUUACAACACGAUUAAGGAACAUCUUGAGGGAAUACCCAUGUGAUAGCGGAAUAAUGAAGGAAAUGUUGCAAAAUGCUGAUGAUGCCGGAGCUAGUGAAAUUUCUUUUAUCAAAGAUUUUCGCCAUCAUUCUGAUCAGAAAAUAAUUGACAAAACACUUGCUCCUCUGCAAGGACCUGCACUUUGUGUAUACAAUAAUAGAUGUUUCCAGGAAAAGGAUAUAAGAGGCAUACAAAAUCUUGGUGACAGUAGCAAAGAAAAGGACCCAGCCAGUACAGGACAAUAUGGCAUUGGCUUCAAUGCAGUGUACCACCUCACAGAUGCACCAUCAUUCCUCACACGUGGGCCAGAUACCCUAUAUGGAGAAGAUCAAAGAGAAACUUUGUGUUUGUUUGAUCCACAUUGUUGGUAUGAUCCUUUAGCAACAAAAGAGUACCCAGGGGCUCAAUAUGUAAACCUUAAAGAUUUAAGGAAGGAUUACCCCGACUCUUUUUCAGGAUACUUGGAUGAGGUGAUUCUAAAAGAAGAAGGCACCAUUUUCCGGCUGCCUUUAAGAACUCGUACAGACUCACAGAUAUCAAGUAAUGUCAUGACCCCUUCAGAGUUAGAAAGCAAAAUUGAGGAAUUUAAAAAGGAAAUGAAAAUGUGUUUAUUGUUCUUGAGAAGUGUUCGGAAAAUUUCCAUCAAACACAUGAAUGAAAAUGGAGAGUGUGUUGAUGAGUUUUGUGUUGAAUCAUAUAUAUCAGAUGAAGAUGAAAAUAAAAUCAGGGAAAUGAGAGAUGAUAUGUCACAGAGAAGACAGACUAUCACAAACAAAAAUAACUUGGAUGAAUAUUUUCUUAAGAUGACGAGAAUAUCUUACAAGAUGGAGGUAAAGAACACCCAUAGAUUACAUGAUCACUGGCUUGUAACUCAGCAACUUGGUGCUGAAAAUAGUCUGUGUUUACCCUCUGAGGAAAUACAGGAAGAAUUUCUGGUGGGCUCCUUUAAUCUCCUCCCUCAUGCAGGAGUUGCUAUAUUGCUAGAUUCCACUAGUAAGAUAGACAGUGAACAAAUGGCUACAUCUUGUUAUCUGCCCUUACCAGCUAAAUCUGGUUUGCCUUUUAGUGUUAAUGGACAUUUUAUUUUAAAUAGUUCUCGACGAGACCUAUGGACAGGAAAAGACUUGAGGGUCAUGUGGAAUGAAUGGCUUAUGAAAGAAGUCAUGAUUCCAGCUGCUGUCCAAACAGUUACCCUUUGCCAAGAGUGGAUUUUCUCUGGUAUCAAAGAAACAGUUGCAUAUGGGGACUACAGAAAGAAAGCUGGUAAAUUCUACUGUAUUUUACCAAAUACGAGAAAGAUUAAUGAGAAGUGGAAGAAAUUCCCACAUUGGUUUUUUGAAUAUGUACAUAAGCAUCAGAUUCCAAUAUUUAAUGUUUUUACUCCACAUAGAGAUAUAUCAGCUUCAGAUGACAGCAAGCAUGGCACUGUUGCCAUGCAUGUAAAUUUUUUUAUGUACCAAAAAAUAAUGGGCUACCCACAGAGAAAUUCAGCCUUAGAAGAAUUAAAAGGGACAUUGACUAGGCAUUCACUAACAAAAGAUGGUGACCAGUUUCCUCUCUAUUUCUCAGAUGGCAUUUCUUUGAAUCUCCUGAAUUCUCUCAAGAGACUUGGAAUGAAAAUUGGCACCAAAACUAUGGAAGAAAGGCUGAAACAUGCAGAAGUUAGCUAUUCCAAACUGACACCUGAUGCCGUCCUUGGAUUCUUUUCAUCAUGGACCAGUGGUUACCCUGACAGAUGUAUGCUAAAUGUAGAAAACCACAUUGAAACUACCCCAAUUUUAUCAGAUGAAAAUGCCUGUGAGAUUUUCAGUUACCUCUUCAUGUCCAAAAAAUUUGUACAAGCAAUGAAUAACUUUCCUUUGCUGUUAACUGAGGACCAGCACUUACAUGUUUUCAGUGAAGUAAAACCAGUUUUCAUAUCAUCGUACACUAACUUGCUGCCACACUCAAAAUAUGAAUUUUUACACAGUAAAAUGGCUAAGAUAGUUUGGGAACCCUCUAAGAGUUCACUGUCAGUUCUUAAACCAUUCUCGGUUUCAGACUUUGCUGCAAGAAUAGAGACAGUGUUAGACCAGUCAUUUAAAAACACCACUGAAAUGAAGCUUUGUAAAUAUGAUGAGUUGUUAUCUAAAGAAUGGCUUAAACUAUUCUGGAACUUUGUAACUGAAGACAUUAAACAAAACUUCAAGUCAGGUAACAGUGUUGAUUGGGUGGGAGGAAAGAAGAAUCUGCUGGCUGUGCUAGGAGAUUGGGCAUUAUAUCCCAUCACUGUUAAUAAGACCUCAUAUAUUAUUCCAAUUAAAUAUGCUUACUGUGUCUUACAGACAGAGAUAUACAAUAACAGUUUUAAAAAAUUGCCCAUUCCACACCCAGAUGAUUAUUUUGAAAUACCCAUUGAGCUUAGACUUGCAGCAACAUUGGAUAAUCCAGAGGCAGUGUUAAGGGCAUUACAUUUUCACAGAAAUGAAAUUGGUGCAAAUGCUGCAUUAAGAAACAGAGUUGAAAAUAACAAGAUCUUGGAAUAUUUUGGUGAAGAAAUAAAUAAGGGACACUAUCUAUCCCAAGAACAACUACGAUCCCUUCCCUUAUAUGAAAAUAUCAGUGGUAAAGAUGAAAGUCUAACAGAUAAGAAGAUUAUUGUUCCAGAGACCACAAACAUUAAAUCAGAGAAUUUCAAGCACUUCAUUGAAGGGAAUGACAUAGCCUUAUUGAAAGCUACAUCAUCCGAGACAUUAAAGUAUUUGUACAUCUAUCUUGAUCCAUCAUGUAUAAUGAAAGACCUGGAAAUCUACAGGCAAUAUGUCCUGCCCAAUCUGAAAGACAUGGAUUCAGAGGAGAAGGUCAAGCAUCUAAAGUUUCUAAGAGAUGAACUAGAGAGACUAAAAUAUCGUCCUGAGUCAUCAUGGCCAACUGAGGAGAGGAAUGUUGUUACUCAGUUAAGACGUACCCCCUUCAUUCUAGUGGAGGGCUCACUACAGACAGCAGACCAAUUUUAUGACCCAAUUAAUCCAGUUUUUAAGGUGAUGGGGCUUUGCAACCUGCCAGAUGAAUGGUUGAAAUUAGAAUGGCUGUGGUUUUUAAAGCUGGCAGGAAUGAAAGAUGAAAUAUCUAGCAAAAUGUUUUUGAAGUAUAUUAAAUCAUUGUCAAUAACAGAUCCUAAUGUUGAAGUCAAGUCAAAAACACUUGCAGACCAUUUAUUUUCAAACCAAGAACAGUUGAAAGAUGCCUUUUGUGAAAUUAGAGACAUUGAAUUUAUUGUUCCAUUUAAAUGCCAUUCUUGUGAAAGUAUCUCAUCCCAUUAUCAGACUAGCUCUGGUUUAACAUCUUUCUCUAAAUCUUAUCCCCAAGAGUUGGCAGAAUUGGUGUGGACUUCAGCUUGUCUCUUACCAGAUUCUCAUAAACAAUGUGACAAAGAAAUGAUAAGAUGUCUAAACAUUUCAAGUACUCCUUCAGGGGACACAAUUUUCAAUCAUAUAAGAAACAUUUGCACUGAACUACAGGAGAAAUACAAAUCUGGAAAGAAAGUGUCUGAAGUCAUGACUAAAAUAUAUCAAUAUCUCAUGGAGGCAGAGGAUGAUUUCCUUAACAGGAUUGUAAAUGCUAAAAUACCCAUUAUUCACCUCCCAGACCUAAAGACUUGUGUGACUACAAAUUUAGUUGUAAUAGAAUUGUUUUGUAAUUUAGAGCCAUAUUUGUAUAAGGCACCAGUAGAGUAUGGACUAUAUUUUACUGUUUUUAAGAGAAUGGGUGUACUGGAAAAGACAACUGUUAACACAUAUGCAAAAACAUUGAAUAUGAUAAGUAAGAAUAGCCAAAAUAAUGUUUUACACCCAGAGGAAGUUAGAUGUGUCAAAAUAGCAUUGAGGGGUAUGUUGAAACUUUGGUGGCAUAUAAAAGAUAUUGAGGUUUGUGAAUUGUAUUUGCUAUCCAAAGAUAUGAAACUUGUGUUAUCCUCAUGUAUGUAUGUUGCAGACAAUCCACAGUUUGAAGAAGCAUUACGGAAAACUUUGAAUAAGCCAUUACUAAUGAGUUUUAACUCCCUAGAAAAUUGUGAUAAGACAGAUGUAGACUUUGUUAAGCUUUUACCAGAGAGUCUACGGCCCACCUUUCUGUCUUCUGUAGUAGAACAAGAAUUUAAAGAAAAUGGAAUACACUUGGAGAACAGCCAAAUUGUGGAAAAGUCUAUAAAGGGUUUGGCAACACAAGAGUUCAAGACAGCUGUCCUAAGGAUAUUUAAUCAUGCCAGUCCAGACAAACUUUGCAAGGAGAAUGAAAAAGAACUGUUAGAUAAGCUUGAAUAUGUUUAUUUGAAAACAGUUGCAGAAAUUACAAUAAACCUCAAAUUUCAAGGGCAGAUAGUGGGAACAAACACUUUUAGUUAUGGAUAUCAUAUUGAUUAUUUUCCAAAAAAUGAAACAAAUAUUAUUAUAUACUUAUGCCAGCCCAAUGAAGAAAAAUUCCUGUUACUAGGAUUAUCUGAAGUCUUUCGGAAACUCUUUAGAUACACAAAUGAUGAAAUGAAUGAACAUAUGUUGGCAAUAUUAAUGUCUCUUGAAGAGCCAAGUGAAAUCCAUCAGGUCUUGGACAGGAAAGGUAUUAAGGCAUAUCUUUAUUCCAAUGCUGAAGACAUUGUCCGUAUGUACAAAUCUGAUGUUGGUUCUUAUUUGGACGUUGACUUCAUACAUUUAUUGAACAAUGAACUAUGUCGUUUCCAUGAGGGGGAACUGGUGUGCAUGAAAAAAUAUAUUUAUGGAGAAUUAUUAGACCCUGAAGAAGAAGAUAUUUUCAUUAUUGUACAAAUAAAAAGACAAGUCACAAGUUUUGACAACCCUAUACAUGAUGAGUACGAAGUAAAUACUGGAUCUGAAUCUGAACCUCUCAAAACUGUGAAAGCUUACAUGCUGUACAAAUUUAUAAGAAAAACAACAACUUGCAGAGAUGUUGUUCUGAGGGAUUCUGUACCAGAGGAAGACGAUGAGGAUGCUAUCAUGAAAAGUGUUAGGAUACAGAUGAUAGAGAUUUGGAAGGUUGAAGAUCUAAGGAACAGAAAACAGUUACUACGACGACUAAUGCUCAAAUGGCAUCCAGAUAAAAACCCUGAAAAAGUGGAACUAGCGACGCGAGUCAUGCAGUAUAUACAGUCUCUCUUGAGCCGCCUGGAACGUGGAGAAAUAAUAUCAGAGAACGAGAGUCAUAAUAAUUUUCCAAGGAGCCAGCCCAGUUCAUUCUAUGAGGACAUUUUCCGCUCUCCUCCUAGUUACUACAGAGAGCCCAGGAGUUCAAGCAGUGGUAGAUCCUUUUAUAGCAACUUCAGAGGCCCCUCACCCUCAUCAUACAGAAACCAGGAAAAGAUGAGGAUGCCAGACAAGCCAGAAGCCCGGAAAUGGCUAAAACAAGCUAAACACGAUCUAGAGGAGGCUGAGAGGCGAAGGGAUGGAUCUGACUGCUGGAUCACCUAUAUGUGUCAUCAGGCAGCCGAAAAAGUACUGAAAGCAGCCCUAUACUUGGAGGACAGAGACACGGCGCAGAGUUAUCAGAGUGGCUCUGAGUGCCAUUCCCUGACUGCAGUGGCAAGGCAUCUAUCCUGCAGCAAUACCUCGAGCUUGGCAACUGAUAUGCAAUUUCACGUCGGCCAUCAUACCAAUCUGAGAUACCCAACAAGCUUAGGAUCCCCAUGUGAUCGCUAUACCAAACAUGAUGCUGAAUUUAUGCUGGAGAAAGCAGCUAGCCUCAUGGAAACACUGAAGCCUAGGUUUCAAUCCUUGUAAUUUUUUUUGUUUGUUUGUUUCCCCUUUUGCAGGCAUUGAUGUUUGCAUUCCUGACAUUAUAAAUUCAAGAUUAAGGAUUAUGCUAAAAUGUAUAGGAACUUGUCAAUCAUCAUGCCGGUCUAGAAGAGUGCCCUAUAUAUCUUACAUCACUAGAUUUUUGUUUUCUUCUUCUUCUUAUAAUGUAAGAUGUAACAGUUCUGAAUUUCAAAAACUGAACAUUUUAUCAUAAGUAUAUAUACUUCUACAUGAUAUGUUUUUUUUUGUACCCACAUUUUUGUCAAACACGAAGUUUGAUUAGUAAUUACCUUUAUGUUAGAUACGAGUGUUCUGGGAUUUCAAAGAACAUUUAUUCAAGUAUUUUUUACAUGUUAUGCAGUGUUAUGCCCAAAAACAAACAUGGUUCGAAUCCUAUCCUGAACACAAAAUGUAAUCCUUAUUGUUAGGUUAAGUUUUUUUAACUUCAUUCACAAGACUUGUGUCCUUGAUUUUACAUGUCUUGCAUCACUGAUUGAAGUAAAUAACCAUAUUAUUUUAUUUGUCGAUAGGGAGCAAGUACUGCAUUAUUCUGUAUUAUCUUUUGAGUAUUUUUGUUAUUUCCUUUUGAAUACCCCAAGUGCAAAGGGGGUUGCUUAUCCAAUGUUAUAUGAUAUGAGAUUUCAAGACUUAUAUUUUCCAUAGGUUCUACAGUAUAUAACUCGGUAACAUUACUUUUUAUGUUUUUCAUGGUAAAAUGCAUUCCACUGAGUUACAAUUCUCUUGUUCAGUGUAGGUGUUCAAGGUUUUUAAACAGUGACCUUUAUAUUCUGUUUUAAUUUUUUACACAUGUGAAUUUCCAUGUUCAAAGUAUCUAUAUAUUGUAUUAAGUAUUAUUAACUAUUAAGUUAAUCUGUAUACCCUAUAUAACAAUAAAGUUUCAUGAUAUAAAA